AUAACGUGUAAUGUAACGCACACGAUUUCAACGGAGUUUCGACAUUUCGUUACUCUGUACAGCCUAGCAAACAGUAAAUAUCGGCAGUGUCAACCGCGCGUAACUCGCCGCUGUACGCGUUAAUAUAAUAUUGUUUGUAAUUUUUUUUUUUUUUUGAACACAUCAUAUAGAUGCAUGUAGGUACGCCAAGACCCAUUAUACUUGAACUACCAAUAAUAAUAACAUCACAAUAAGUAACACGCGAUGGAACAGUGGAGAGGCAAGGUGGCGAUAGUUACUGGCGCCAGUGCUGGAAUCGGGGCGGCGAUCGUAGUCAAGUUGGCGGAGAGCGGCGUGCACGUCGUGGCGCUCGCCAGAAGAGAAAACGUACUCAAGGAACUAGCCGAAUCUUUAACUGAUAAAGACUACGGGACUAUUUAUACAAAGGUAUGCGAUGUCACUAACGAACAAGCUGUUAAAGAUGUUUUUUCGUGGGUAGAUUCAACACUAGGAGGUCCCAGUAUUUUAAUUAACAAUGCCGGAAUUGCGAAAAUAUCAAGCCUUUUAAACGGAAAACUGGAGGAUUGGCAAGAAACAUUGAAUCUCAAUAUUCUGGCAUUGAGCGUGUGUUCAAGAGAAGCUUACAAAUCGAUGACGAAAAAUAAGAUCGACGGUCACAUCAUUCAAAUAAAUAGUAUCACUGGUCAUAGCUUAACUCCGUAUUUUGGGUUCAAAAUGUAUAAUGCUUCAAAGAAUGCAGUCACGGUACUGUGCGAUGGACUUCGACAUGAACUACAAUUAGUGGGAUCCAAAAUCAAAGUUUCGAGUGUUAGCCCGGGACCAGUAGCUACAGACAUGUUAGCAGAUGUCCACAAAAUCAUCACAGACCGACCUACGGUGGAUUUUAAACUUCUCCAUGUGGAAGAUGUUGCGAAUGCCGUAAUCACAUCUUUGGCAACGCCACCAAAUGUUCUUAUAGCUGAAAUGACUAUCAUACCAACUGGAUCAUUAAUACAGACUCAUUUACAACCGAGUGCUCAAGUCGUCGAAAAUUCAAUGAACUUAUAAUACAUUUAUUAUGCUAAUAUUUGUUUUAUUUGAUUCAUGUCAAUACUUAAUACUAAGAAUAAAACUAGAGGUUGUAUAUUCUUUAAAUUA